GAUUCAUUUUCAAAAUCAAAUUGAUAACUCGUAUCAGCUAUUUUUCUACGAAAAAUCCAGUUCCAGAUUAAAACGUUUUCAUUAAAAAAAAGCAAUCGAAGAAACAAAUUUUAUUCGAGUGAUGGUGUUUUGAUGUGUAGUUACUAUUGACUCGAUUGAAAAUGAGUAAAAAACAACAGACGUUAUUUCAGUCAUGGCAAAAUGGUCCUAAAUCAACAGAUCCUAAUUUGUCAAGAAAAGCAAUAUCAAAUAAAGCUUCAGCGACACUUGACAGUGAUGAAGACGAUGAUUUAUUGCGACAGGCCCUCGAAGAAAGUCUUAGAGAGUAUGAGUCAAAUAACAAUAAAAAUGUGGUGUCAGCAAAAUCUUCAGCAUCUUCAACAUCUGGCUACUCAACUGAAACCACUGCAGCAACUCUUGAAGAACACUUGCCAGGAUUUGAUAUGGGAGCAGGGGACACCUGGUUUUAUCCCACAAACAAACCAGUAAGGAAAUAUCAAAGAGAUAUUGUCGAAACUUGUUUGUUUCACAAUACUUUGGUUACUCUACCGACUGGAUUAGGGAAAACUUUAAUAGCUGCUGUUGUGAUGUACAAUUUUUUCCGAUGGUAUCCCAGAGGCAAAAUUAUUUUUAUGGCUCCCACAAAACCACUGGUUGCUCAACAAAUUCAGGCCUGUUAUGAGAUCAUGGGAUUGCCCUUAGAUUCUACAAGUGAGAUGACUGGAGCAAUGAGUCCAGCUGAUCGGAAAACACAAUGGAGAGAGAAAAGAGUGUUUUUCCUUACGCCACAAAUUCUUACCAACGAUAUCAGUCGUGCAGCUUUUCCAGCCAGUGAAAUCAAAUGCUUAGUUCUCGACGAGGCCCACAAAGCAUUAGGAAACUACGCUUACGUUCAGGUAGUUCAAGAACUGUGCAACCACGGAGCUGUUUUCCGGAUUUUAGCCUUAAGUGCUACACCAGGGAGCGACCUGAAAGCUAUUCAACAAGUAAUUGUGAAUUUACGCAUCGCAAAAUUGGAAGUACGUAAUGAAGAAUCUCCUGAUAUAGUGCCUUACGCUCAUGCUAGAACAAUGGAUAGAGUGGUGGUACCUCUUGGACCUGAGAUCACUCAAGUCCGUGAUACGUUUCUUAACAUAUUUAGCGUGUGUGCUCGACGAUUGAUAGAAUCAGGCGUUUUUUUCUCUAAAGACAUUGGUUCUCUAUCUAAGUACAUGCUGCUACAAGCACGUGAUAAGUUCCGGCAAAAUCCACCCGACAACUUUCAUCGCAGUCGAUCGGGGAUAAUGGAAGGAGAUUUCGCUCUCUGUAUCACUCUGACUCACGCCUUAGAGCUUCUACUGCAGCAUGGCAUUCGCGGAUUCUACAACUUCUUGGCUGGAAAGACAGAUGCAGCUGAUGGUGAAACUGGCCACAAUCGAACUCGAACAGAAUUGGUCAAAGUGACCGGAUUCCUCGAAAUGAUGAGCGAUCUUAAAUCCAAAUUUGGCAACGACUGUCAGAUAGGCUCUGCCGUCAGUCACCCAAAGUUGACAAGGCUAAAAGAAAUUGUACUUGAACAUUUCCAAAAAGCAGAAAAGGAGGGCAGACCAACACGUGUGAUGAUCUUUAGUCAAUAUCGUGACUCAGUUAACGAGAUCGUGGCGCUUCUUGAAGAAUAUGCUCCUCUCAUUAAAGCCAUGUCCUUUGUCGGACACGGUAACAGCUCGGGUGGCGUUAAAACUAAAGGAUUCACUCAAGCCGAUCAGAUUCGCGUCAUCAAGCAGUUCAGUGAAGGCGACUAUAACACUCUGGUGGCAACGUGUGUCGGCGAAGAAGGACUGGACAUUGGCGACGUCGAUAUGAUCAUCUGCUAUGACGUUCACAAAUCCCCUGUGCGCCUUGCCCAGCGAUGCGGCCGUACCGGUAGGCAGCGUGACGGAAGAAUUGUCAUGUUAAUGACGGAAGGCAAGGAAGAGCAUGCAUACAAUCAGAGCAUGUUAAAAAAGAAGAAUCUGCUCAAGAACAUCGUCGGAAAUCCCAAAUUGAAAGAGUUUCUAUUGAAGCAAGAACCCCGUUUGAUUCCAAGACAUUUGUCGCCGCGCUGUCAUGAAAUGCCCAUGCAUAUCGCAGCCUUCCCGCCUCCGACGAGCCGUCCACAAAAGACCAGCGGUCCGUCCGUUAGCAGCAGCAACUCCACCAUCACCAGUCGAAGACCCCGGACAACCAAGUGCUACUAUCUAUCGGACACGGAGACGGAUUAUUGGGCACGCAACUUUCAAACCAAUCAACUUGUGCCGGUUCUACCCGAAUCCAAUGCGGCUGGUUCUAGCUACGAAGUGAUAAAUGACGAACCAACGCUCAAUCUGAAUAAGUGGUCGCUAUGGCAGCACUCACUUCAGCCUUCUCUCACCGUCGGCCAUUCGACACUAACGAAAAACUAUGUCAACAUUCUCGAGUACAUCCAAUCGCGACGAGACGAUCGAGAUGACAAUUACCAGCAGCGGGAUAAGACGGAUGUACGAGAAUUUGACGGCGACGUCAUUUCAUCUUCCAUAGAGCCUCCCUUGGAUAUUAGGUGCGACGUUAUCUCCCCGGACGACGUCAAAAAGAACUUCUCGCGGGAUUCAAGAGCUCCAGAUUCGUCAAUGAGCCACUCUGGACUCUAUAGCCAAGACUUUCUCAAUUUAUUUCAAAGAAUGUCCACGAAAAUCGAUUGCCCACAUGUUCCUAGUCCGCCGCCAUUUUGUUUCGACGUGUCGCCAGACAAGUUAAGCCCGAGUCCAUCUUCAUCUUCCAAGUCAUUCCAUCAGCUUGUAGCUGGAGAGCCGACUACUCCAGUCGUGUUGCAAUCGUCGUUCGUCCAUAUUCUGCCCAACGGCUUGACAUCAGAUCGAUUGCAGGGGAAAGCCGGACAGACAAACACUUCAAUUAGUGACAUAACAACCGCACGGCUGCCUUUCAAGUCUUCUUCUACUCCUUUGCCAGUUGCAACUGCCUCAUCGUCCGAUGCCACUAAUUCCGUAUGGAAGCGGGAUAGCCUUUGCCAUUAUGACGCGAAAUUGGACAUGAAUUCAUCAAGCGUAGCCCAGACGCCACCAAUAUCUGAAUUAGAAUCCUCUACUUGGUUUCUGGAUCCGUCACCUAUACUUUCUCAGCGCCGCAAGAAGGGACCAGUCAAACGGUCGUUAGAGUGGGGGGCCACUUCCACACCAGCACCGGCCAAACGGCUUAAAAUGGAUGUGAAUUCUCCUAUUUUGCGACGAAAUCAAGAAGAGAAUACUCCAUGCUGUAAUGGGGAACAAGAUGGUGGUACAACGGAUGUUCAACCGUUGCAUGACGCAGAUCAAAGUAUUUUAUCCGUCACUCAGAUGGUGCAUAUACUGGAAACGUAUGAUGGCCCUGCAAACGAAACCAAAAAGGUGAAGAACGUUCAGCCGAAUUUUGAGCUGGAAGUAGAUUUUCUCGACAGCUCUGACAGUUCAUCUUCUUUGCCCAGCUCUCCAAAGGCUGUUAAAAAGGAGACUUUUACUACUGCUUACGUAACACCACCCAGGAGAAACGCAGGACCUUCCCAUUUGUCGGAAUCACCCGUUUUCGAUUUCUUGGAAAAUACCCCCUCUCCAUCGCCGGUUCGGCCCAAGCCGAGAUCCCCAAUCCGGAAAGAGAAGACACCAGACUUUAAGGUGGUCCCAAAAAGAGAAGUUCCAGUGGCCGUCAAGGCGGACUUCUCACUUAAUUUCCCCGACAGUUGGGACGAUGAUGAUGUAAUUGCACCGUCUCCCAUUCCCGAGCCGGCCCAAUCUAAACUAAAGUUCCAACAGCCAGUGAAAUCCGUCGCACCACCUAUCCGGCAGCCAGUCAAGUCCAUCGCAGCACCUAUCCAACAGCUUUCACUAAAUAAAUCAGCAGCCGUCGACUUGAAAUCUGCCUGGGACGAAGGUUUCGAGUUAAAUCUCAGUGACUUGGAAGACAUUGAAUUGGUGGAGAAAGAUCACUCGGAUAAAAAGACGCUAACGAAGACGGGAUCACCUCCUUCAAAUCAAGGCAUUCCAGUUUCUAAGGAUAAGGUGAAGCAAGAGAGUCCUUUGGAAAUCCACCCGGCAGUGACGGCUCAAGAUUCCAGCGGCAUCCGAAGAGAAAUGGAAGACAUUUUCGGCCCAGACACGGACGAGAGUUCGAUACAGUUUGUAGAGAAAGCGGAACCUGCCAGGCAGGCCACGCCGCCGAUUUUUACCAUUGAAUCCGAUGAAGACAUCAUUGAAGCCACUCCGCCGAAGCCAGUCAAUAUUUCAGAAUUUACUCCGCUGCGGCCCAUUCCGGCUCAAGCUGCCCACCAGCUAGUGACGAGCGACGAAGACUCUCCACUGGUUUGCCGGAAGCUGAGGACAAAGCGAAACCCGCUAAUGACGCAGUCUACUCCUAUUGCUCAGAAACAACAAGAUCCAACUGCCCGUGGGAAGGCUUUGGCCAAGCCGGCCAGAAAAGCCGCUUGUUCCUUCUUCGACGAUGAAGCAGAACUCUCUCUGGUCGAGGGUUCGUGUUCCGCCGACGAACUCGAAGAAACGAAUAACGGAGACCGUUACGAAGGCAGCUUCGUCGACGACUUGGGAACUCAGGCCGUCAAUGAAACGAUGCGAGCGGUGUAUAUGGAGAGCGUCAAGAGCCCCGUGGCGCGACAGGGUUUCAUCUUCCGCCAACCAGCCAAACAGAUGAAUCGUAGCGAAAUAUUUUCGCAAGCCGUCGUCGAUCAGGAUUCUGAAUACGCGUUCGACUCCUUUUGUGUUGACAGCGAUGGCGAUGUCGAAAAUAUGGAAAAUACUCACUGGGACGAACCCCGCAUGACGCAACUGCCACCUCGGGCGGCUCGGACCCGAGCACAACAGAUUCAAGCCAAUCGACCACAGAUCCCAGCCAAUAGAGUGCAAACCACUUCGGCCAAUGUCCGGCGACGCAAAAGAAUUGUUUAUGCCAAUUCUUCCUCGGACGAAAGCGAAGAUGUCGCCCCUCCUCCGAAGAAAUCAAUCAAAUCCGAGGAGUCGGUUGUUCCACAGAGGAGCGCAAUCAGACCAACAUCAGCCCUGAAUAAAUUAGCCUCAACUCGAGUUGAGCCUACAACGAAGCUGAGUGUCAAAGUGGAAGCUAUUCACCGGCCUGUUAACCCGACUAGUAUGGUGCCAGCUAGCGAUCGAGCCGUACUUCCACCGAUGCCCAGCAGCAGUGCAGUCAAACAUUUGAUGACUGAUAGCUGUAGUAGUAGUGGUAGUAGUGCCUCUAGUAGUAGAGCUGCUAGCUGUAGCAGCAGUGCCACGAGUAGCACUGUCUCCAAUGCGACACCAUUAUCGCCUCCUCGAACGUUGCUCAUCAGUUCAAGGCAGGUGGCAACCACUACUCAAGUCAUCUCCUGCCUGCAAGUCAAGCACCGAUGCCUUACUCACGUCUGUUCCUUCGAUGUGGCCGACUUUGUUCUCAGCUCUCAACUUGGCGUCAUCCGUAAAUUACAUUCAGAAUUCACCAACGGGUCCAGCCGCUGCCGACUGCAGGAGCAGGUUCGCCGUUUGGCGCUUUUGUACGAUAAGCCGUAUUUGAUUGUGGAGGCGGAUCGGACAGCGUCGAGGGAUCCGCGGUUCAAAGGCGACUCGUGCCCAGCACUCGAUCCUUCAUCUGUCAUCUUCAAGCCUAAUACGCCGUAUUUUCUGCAAACGCUGGCCGCACUGGCUCAAACGGAUCUAUCCGUCUUGUACAGCGAGUCGCAAGAACACACGGCCCGCCUGCUGAACGAUUUGGGUCGUCAGGAAACACUCCGAGGAUUGUCUCUUCCAAGAAUGGAAAAGCUGAACCCAAAACAAGACGGAAUUUCAAAGUUUUUGCAACGCAUCCCCGAGAUCAACCCGGCUGUGUCACUACUUAUGGCCUUUCAGUUUAAGUCUCUUCGCGAGAUUCUAUGCAGUUCCGUCGAAAUACUCUCCCAGCGAUGCAAAAUCUCCCCCGGCAAAGCCAGGAAUAUCGUUCAAGCCUUUCGCGUUAACCACGCGCCAUGAGUGGUUAUCUUGAGUUUGUGCUUUAGCAAAAAGCCACGAAUAAAAAUUUGCACAUGAUGAAUUAUUGCUGUGAUAAAUUAUAUUACGCGAUCAACUCUUGGCUUACAUAUGUGAAUGAAAUGUGUUGGUGAACGCGUUUAUAUUUAUAAUGUGCUUUUUAAGUGAAAACCCGAAUUUUUAGAGAAAAAAGUAAAAUUGAUUAACCAUAUUAUUAUUUUUUUUACUUAUUUUCUUUUUGUUUCAUCCUGAACGAAGAUAAAUCUUAUUGGGUAGACCUUGUAAAUAGAAUUUCAAUACAUGCACCUUAUUAUUU